AUGGCCAGCUACGAGGAGGUGAGCGUGUCCGGCUACGAGGAUUUCAUGCAGGUGGUGGAGCAGCACAGUGGCAAGACCAUUUUCGCCUACUUUUCUGGUUCUAAGGACGCCGAAGGGAAAAGCUGGUGCCCCGACUGCGUGCAGGCUGAACCAGUCGUACGAGAGGGGCUGAAGCAUGUUGGUGAAGGAUGUGUGUUCAUCUACUGCCAAGUAGGAGAAAAACCUUAUUGGAAAGAUCCAAAUAAUGACUUCAGGAAAAACCUGAAAUUAACUGCAGUGCCUACACUACUUAAGUAUGGAACACCUCAAAAACUGGUAGAAUCUGAGUGUCUUCAGGCCAACCUUGUGGAGAUGUUGUUUUCUGAAGAUUAA